AUGACAGACGCCUGUCAAGCUGGACCAAACAACUGUGGUGACCAGACAAUAAAGGGCGAAAAGUUCUGUGAGAAGCGUGCGUUGAUACCAUCCAGACUCAUGAAGCAGAGGCUUACCAACCCAGACGCCGAAUGCACCGACCCUGAUUGUCACGUCAGGUUUGAACCCUACAACCUGAGAUACUCCCAGAUAGGAGGAGACAGAUGGUUUUGUCCAGACCAUGCCUGUACAGAGGGGGGCUGCUACAAGAGACGUCGAGACUCUGUCACAUUGUUCUGCGCAGCGCAUGCCAAAGAGAACCAAUGCAGCAAGCCAGGCUGCGAAGAGAUCCGGGUUCCCGACGGCCAGCUCUGCAAGCAGCACACCUGCGACGAGCCGGGGUGUCUUCUGGAAGUCUACCCACAGGGCCAGAACGGACAGAUGUGCUCCCAACACCAGCCCUGCGGGUAUGCAGGCUGCAGGCGCUUUACACCCCUAGAUGGCAAUGGGCAUCCGGAGAAGUUAUGUGCCUACCACCACCUGUGCCGGGCCCCCGGCGACCCCUGUGAUGGCAUAGUCGAUGGCAACAGCGACUACUGCCCACAGCACAAGUGCGGUGUGAUGGAGUGCAACAGAUGCCGUGACAACCUACGGGUCCCAGAGAACCGGUGGUGUACCCCUCAUACUUGCAUAACCGAGGGGUGCCAGCAAUGCAUCGACAACACGAACGACCCAAACUCGCGACACUGCUCUAUGCACACGUGCUCAUGGAGAGGCUGCUCCGGGGAGGCCCGCAUGAACAGCCGGUUCUGCUCUGAUCACGUCUGCAGGCGACGCAGGUGCGAGCGUUCACGAUUGGAGGGAUCCCACUUUUGCCCGAGUCACUCGUGCCGCAAUCGAGGAUGUCCUAAUGCCGCCAGACGCCAAGGGGGUUGUUGCGUCGAGCACGGUGGUGGGCGGGACGAGUUUUCUGAGAGUGACUCGGAAUCUUCCCACCGCCGCAGACGGCACAGACAUGACCAGCUGCGACGCGAUGACCAUCACCGCGGUCCUAGACGAGUCAGCCCUGGCCACCGCCGGCCACGAAGGCAGGAGGAGGAAGAGCAGGAAGACGACGGGUACUACACUGUGAGUGGGAGAAAUUCCAGGAACGCCAGCCCGGGGCCUCGUUGGGCACCAAGACGCGACGGGUUCGAGCCGAACGUUCCAUGGUGGGAUGGGUUCCAGGCGAAUGUUCCACGACGAUUCAGGAACGCUCGGGAGGCCGAGGAGAUGGAAAGGGCGUUCCAACAGAUGGACAGGCACGUCCGGGACCGUAAUCAACGAUGGUUUUAG